AUGUCAUUACAUUAAUUCUACAUGUUCAUUUAUAUUUAUAAUUUUAUAUUUAUUACACUUAAAAAAAGUUAUAUAAAAGAAGCAAUUCGCUCUGUUAUAAUGGACGAGAAAUUACAGAAACAUUAUGCAGCUUUCGACCAGUAUCUGCGCAGACAAAAACGUGAAUUCGAAGUGAAAAUCAACCAAGAAGUAAAACAAAAUUGUACGUUAAACGAUUAUGAAAUUAUUAGAAUGCUGGGAGCUGGUUCUUUCGGUAUGGUCGUACUCUGUAGGGACAAAAGAAAUAACAAAACUUAUGCGUUAAAGCUAAUGGAGAAAAUAAAUAUAGUGAAAACAAAGCAACUGGUGCACACAGCUGCCGAGAUAAAACUAAUGAAGAAUUUGAAUUUUACCUUCAUCGUUGAUAUGCAUGGAUUUUUCAUGGAUAAUGUUUAUGUAGGUAUUUGCAUGUCCUUCGCCAAUGCAGGAGACAUGUUCACCCAUCUGCGCGAAAUGAAAAAAUUCGACGAAACUUUGUCUAAGUUCUACGCAGCCCAAGUCAUUUUGGGGUUCGAGUAUUUUCAUUAUUUGGGAGUCGUAUACAGAGACCUGAAACCGGAGAACAUACUUGUCGAUAAUCAGGGCUAUUUAAAGAUAACCGAUUUAGGAUUUUGUAAGAAAAUCGAUAAUGCCCGGACUUAUACUUUAUGCGGCACACCGGAAUAUCUAGCGCCAGAAAUCAUUCUAAGUCAAGGUUAUAAUAAGUCGGUCGAUUGGUGGUCGAUGGGAGUGUUGAUCUUUGAAAUGGCCGCCGGAUUUGCUCCAUUUUACGCCAAGGAUCCGAUGAGGCUCUACGAAAAGAUUGUAUCCGGAAAAUACUCUUGCCCUGUACAUUUUUCGAAGUCUUUGAAGGAUCUGCUGUCUAAUAUGCUGGUAGUAGAUAGAUCCAAACGGUAUGGCCUGUUAAAAAAUGGUACAAAAGAUAUAAAAGGUCACGAGUGGUUCAAGAACGUGGAUUUCGAUCAAAUAAUCGGACGAAAAGUGGUUCCGACCUACCAGCCCAAAGUGGACGGUGAAACGGACACAAGAUAUUUCGACGUGCCUUCGAAAGCUGUCCAGAUUAAGAAGUUAUCCACCGAUCCGUACCAGGCUGAGUUUAUUAAAAUGUUCUCGGCACAACCUCCAGAGACCGAAAAAGAAACUACAAAAUAGUAUAAAUUAUUCUUUUUUGUGUUAAAUAAAUGUAUAUUUUGUGUUAUAAUAUGUAUAUUAUGUUUAUUUUUUUUUUGGCGAAGAAACGAAGCUGAACUCGAAAAAAAUAUGGCAUCAUUUAGUAAAAUUAACAAAUCAGCAGCUGCGGUACAUAGGAAACUUUUGAUGGCUUGUUCUUAUUACGGAAUCUAUGCUUAAUGCCUUCAGUCUCCCCUAUCUUUUUUAUAGUAGAUAAUGAUGCUGCAAUAGUCGCAAAUAAAGUUUUUUUUAUUCUUCAUGAAACUUAUAUCCUUCAGUUUUUAUCUCCCCACAGAUGGCAUGUUUUAUAUUAACUAUGUUUUAACUUAACACGUUAGAACCUAGACAUACAGGGCGGCGCAGG